AUGUGCUGUAUAACUUUUGUCAAACUACAGCUUUCCAACUCCUUGACUCGGCAUCUGUAUAGCCAGGCUCUCGAGCUAAUAUCUGUCACUCUUCUGUUCUCUGCUCUUUCCCAUUACCUAAUUGUCCCUUUAUUUCUUCAUAAGUCUACCUGUAAAAUGUCUACAAAUGACAAGGAUGGCACUUUGGAUUUUCUAGGCUGUAUCAUCAGUAGCUUUGAAGCCUUAUUAAAUGUUACAGAAAGUCUUAACAAGAGUCCAAUCAUUGAUUCUGGUGAUCCUGGUGAUGUUCAUGAAGACGAGGAUGAUCCGUAUAAUGAGAAAUACGAUAAUGAGGAUUAUGUUCCAAGUGAAGAGGAAGAUGAUGAAGAAUAUGAAGAGUAUGAAGAAUAUGAAGAUGAAGAUGACUUGGCAUAGAAUCUAUUGCAUGAUGAAGAAGUACAUACAUACUUGUGUCGCUGUUCUGUUUUGUAGUAUGCCUAGCAAUUGAUGUCAUUUGAUCAGCCUAUUUAAAAGCAUAUUAUAAAGUCAAACCAUAUAUAUAUUUAAAUUUGACUUUGUCAGUUCAAUGAAAGUGUCAUAUUAAGAAAUCGCAGGAGUUUACAAAUCCAAACUGAUGCUCGUAGU